AAGACCAACGGAAUCCGGGUUUGGUACUCGUCGUUCACUUCCAUUGAUUGGCUUCAUGACGCCAUCAAAGACUCGGUGCGUUUCUCGAAACUCAGGAAACACAAAUCGAUUCGGUCUCGCAUCCGGCUCGCAUUCGACAAGUCCCUGGGAUGGUUGGUCGUCACUAUUGUUGGUUUCCUUACCGCUGUCGUCGCGUUUCUUAUCAUUCGGAGCGAACAAUGGCUCUUUGACACCAAAGAUGGAUACUGUGCGAGUGGAUGGUGGAAGGCGAAGAGGUACUGUUGCCCUCUAGAGGAUACUGGCGGUUUCCACCGUCCGCGCCAUGUAGAAGAUACUUGCCAGACUUGGAAAACCUGGUCCGAUGUUUUUUCUUAUCGACAAGGCGACCACGGAGAAAACAUCGUCGAUUACAUUUCGUACGCGUGUAUCGCACUUACACUGGCUCUGAUAUCUUGUCUGCUAACGCUGUAUCUCACCAAUUCCACUACCUUUGUCACGCGAAAGGAAUCGGGCGUUCAAUCCAUUCACCCAGGAACACCAGACGAUGUCAAGGACCAAAUGACACCUACAGCCGGACCAAAACGCAAAAUCAUGUACUAUGCUGCUGGAAGUGGGAUUCCAGAGAUCAAGACAAUCCUUUCUGGUUUUGUCAUCCAUGGAUAUCUUGGUGGGCGCGUCUUGUUCACGAAAUCUGUCGGUCUGGCGCUUUCAGUUGCGUCGGGUCUGUCAUUGGGAAAAGAGGGUCCGUUUGUCCAUAUUGCAAGCUGCAUUGGAAAUAUCGUUAGCAGAAUUACUGCGAAAUACGAAAACAACGAAGCCAAACGUCGUGAAAUUCUUAGUGCUGCUUGUGCUGCUGGUGUUGCCGUUGCUUUCGGGGCGCCAAUUGGUGGGACGCUGUUCAGUUUGGAGGAGGUUUCUUAUUUCUUCCCUCCCAAGGUCAUGUGGCGAAGCUUCUUCUGUGCAAUGAUUGCCGCGAUUACUCUCAAGAUGCUUGACCCGUUCGGAACGGGGAAGUUGGUGUUGUUCCAAGUGACGUACGAUAAGGACUGGCAUGGUUACGAGCUUGUGCCAUUCCUUAUUUUAGGGUUGUUUGGGGGCGUCUAUGGUGCCUACUUUUCGAAACUUAAUUAUCGCUGGAGCAAACAUGUUCGAAACAAGACUUGGCUCGGGAAACACCCGAUAGUUGAAGUGCUUUUGAUCACGUUACUGACAAGUAUUUUCUGCUUCCUCAACCCUUAUACUCGCAUGGGAGGCACAGAGCUCGUCUACGAGUUGUUCGCCGAAUGUCAAACCGGCAAGACCACGCACUCUGGGCUUUGUGUCGUCAAUCCUGGGUCAUUCGAGCAUGCAUGGCCUGUGGUGCAAGCCAUUCUGAUAGCCAUGGUCGUCAAAGGCGCCCUGACCGUGGUCACUUUUGGAAUCAAGCUGCCUGCUGGCAUCUUCAUCCCCACGUUGGGCGUGGGUGCGUGCGCAGGCCGCGUCCUUGGUAUUGGAAUGCAAUGGUUGCAAAUGAGAAACCCAGAUGCUCAGAUCUUCCGUUCUUGCGGCGGUGAUCUGGAUUGUAUUGUUCCCGGUCUUUAUGCCAUGGUUGGAGCAGCAGCGACCUUGUCAGGCGUCACGCGGACGACGGUCUCUUUGGCUGUUAUAAUGUUUGAACUCACAGAUACCCUGACUUAUGCCGUGCCUGUCAUGUUGUCUGUCCUUGUUGCUAAAACAGUGGCGGACGCUCUUGAACCUAAAGGCAUCUACGACCUUGUGAUCGAACUAAAUCAGCUGCCCUAUCUUGAUUAUAAGCACGAAUAUAUCUGGGGACACCUUCAAAUCAGCGAAGUGACAAGUCGUGAUGUUCCUGUCAUUAUUGUUGAUGAAGAGAACACCGUGAAGAAUUUGGGAAGGAAGCUCCUCGCCCUGACGUCGUCGGGCGCCGACGAUAGUGGCUUCCCUAUUCUUAGGCAGGAUAGGAAUGACGAUGGUCUCCGAAUGGUGGGAUACAUCGGCACAAACGAGUUGGAACAUGCUCUUAGCAUUCUGGCGGACAAUGAGAACGACGCGGUCCACUUUCAUGUGGCGGAUACGCACGCAUUGAUGUCGUCUUCCAUCCUGUCCUUUGCAGAGGCUCAAGAGCAAACGCUGGCCACGGCUGAUCCGUUCAACUUCACACCUUAUAUGGAUCAGGCCCCUCUAACCAUUUCUAACAACUCUCCUUUGGAGCUUCUCCAUCAGUUUUUCACCAAGCUUGGAGCGAGAUACGUUAUUGUAACAGAUACUGACGGAUUGUACGAAGGCGUUAUCGAGAAGAAGACCUGGCUCGCUUUUGUUGCUGACCUCGAAGAG